AUGGCUCCCAGUCCCCAUGAUGAAUAUGCAGCGCUCAUGAAGAGCCAUGGCGAGGGAUACUAUCUCUUCAGACCUCAGCCAUAUUCUGAAUGCCACCCCGGUGCAAUUGGGUACUUCGACAAUCACGGAACUUUCCACAAGGUCACCGAUAUUUCAGACCCUGAACUCCCUAAGAAUGAUAAAUUCACGGAAUAUGGUUACGCCUUGGAGCGAAUGCCUUCUCGUGAAGAGGGAUGGAAGACCCGAUCUUCGGGAAGUGAAGCUGCGCAUAGCUUUGGACUCGAUGCAGGUCUCUCCGGUGCCCUGUCCGCUGCCCCUAUUGAUAUCUCCGCCGAGGCCAAAAAUAAAUGGGGCAAAACCGGAAAGGCAGCACUCGUGGCUGAGGGUGCAGUUAUGAAUGAGAAAUUCCGAUUUUUCUCAAGAAGUGUCUUAGCGGAAUGGGUCAAGAGUAACGCCAAGACUCUUGUUAACGGUCCGCACAAAAGGGAAAUUGAAGAGUACGGACUGUGGGCGAUCUCCAAGACUUGGUCUACUCAGGAAUGCAAGAUAACCAUGGAAAGUGCCCAUGACCGCGAUACGAGCGGUGGUCUGAACGUUGGAGCUACUGGUAUUGCAAAUGGUGGCGGCAGUGGAUCAUCCUCAGUAAAGACCAACAGCGAGGGAUGGACUGUAUACAAGGCAUCAGAGGACGACAAAGCACUUGUUGUUUCGUACGGUGGAACCGGAUUUAAGGUUACCCGUUUUAGAAAGUUCUUCGGCGCAGGCCCCCUGAAAGAAGGUGAAACUAGAACAUUUGACCCUGAUGCGUUCACCCGACCAAUUUAUGACGAGGAUGGGAAUCAGACUGGAAUCGAACGCUGGAGGAAGUUCCAUGACCCCGAGACUGGUCAGAUUGGCGAAGAGAAGAUUGGCGAAGAGAAAAUCGACAAAGAAGCAGAAAGAAAGGCAGAAGAAGAGCAAAAGCGUAUCGACGAGUUGAACGCACAGGCCGAAGAAGAAGAGGCCCUCGAGUCUGCAGAGACUAUCGGACUGACUGAGGAAGAGGCCCGAGAGGAGGCAGCAGAGGAAGCUCAAUAUCUUUGGGGAGAGUACAAGGAAAUGUUGAUGGCAGCCCAGAGAAUCUUGGAAACUGCUUCUGAAAACGAGCUGAGAAAGGAAGAAUUUCUCAAACUGGGGAACAAAGAGGGCGCUGGAUUAAACCUAUGA